AUGGAAACGAUUUUAGAACAACAACGUCGAUACCACGAAGAAAAAGAGCGGCUGAUCGACGGCAUGGUGAAAGAGAUGCUUCAUAAAAAAAACACCUACAGAGAAGCGAUAAACUCGGACCACCGACAGAAGUACCUCCUAGACAGGUACAUGACUUCCACGGAAAGACUGAUCGAAUUGUACGAGGACAAAGACGGGCAACGUAAGGCCGAGGUGGCCGCCCUGACGGGCCCCAAUGAAUUCAACGAGUUCUACAGCAGAUUGAAGCAAAUCAAAGAUUUCUACAGAAGGCACCCGAACGAGAUAAGCGUACCGAUGUCCGUAGAGUUCGAUGAAUUCGCCAAGGCGAGGGAAAAUCCCAACGAAGACAUGGCUAAUUUCGUGGAGUUCACCGACGAAGAAGGCUACGGCAAAUACUUGGAUUUACACGAGUGCUACGAGAAGUACAUCAAUCUAAAAGGCAUCGAGAAAGUCGAUUACAUCACCUACCUGGCCAUGUUCGACCAACUCUACGACAUACCGAAAGAACGAAAGACCGGCGAAUACAGGAAAUACCUGCUCUACCUCAUCGAAUACCUCACGUGGUUCGUGCAACGCAUCAGACCGCUGAUGGACCUCGACAGCGAUCUCCAGGACCAGGUCGAACAGGUGUUGGCCAAUUGGGAUAACGGGAUGGUGCCCGGGUGGCCGAAAGAAACCGGUUCGGCUUUGGCCAACGUCGGCGCCCAUUUGGACCUGUCGGCCUUCUCCAGCUGGGAGGAAUUGGCCUCGUUGGGUCUGGAUCGUUUGAAAUCAGCCCUCAUGGCGUUGGGAUUGAAAUGCGGAGGAACGUUGGAGGAGCGAGCCCAGAGAUUGUUCUCGACGAAAGGAAAAGGCUCUUUAGAUCCCUCUCUCAUGACGAAAAACAGCAAGAAUCGCGUGACGAAGGAGAAGGAGGCGCUCAGGCAACGGGAACUGGCCACGUUAGAGGCCCAAAUUUACAGAUUGGCCGAUCUGGUGUCUGCCCAACGGGCGGCGACCAAAGAGAACGUGCAAAGGAAACAGGCCCGUACCGACGGCGAACGGGACGACAGCGAGAACGAAGAGAGCGAGGAGGAGAGCCCCGACGAGGCCGACGACGAUGUACCCUACAAUCCCAAAAACCUGCCGCUCGGUUGGGACGGAAAACCCAUUCCGUAUUGGCUGUACAAAUUGCACGGUUUGAACAUCAGCUACAAUUGCGAGAUAUGCGGUAACUACGUGUACAAGGGCCCCAAGGCGUUUCAAAGGCAUUUCGCCGAAUGGAGGCACGCGCACGGGAUGCGUUGUUUGGGCAUACCGAAUACGGCCCAUUUCGCUAAUGUCACGCAGAUCGAGGACGCUUUGGCUCUGUGGGAAAAGCUGAAGGUGCAGAAGCAAAGCGAGAGGUGGCAGCCGGAGACUGAGGAGGAAUACGAGGAUUCGCAAGGGAACGUGGUGAAUAGGAAGACUUACGAAGAUUUAAAACGACAGGGUUUAUUGUAA